CGGGCUAUGUCCUGGAGCGGCGGCCCCCGAGCGUCUGCAGGGCGGGAGAGAAACGGGUGGGGAGAGAAGGCGCCGGAGGCCGAUCCGAGCCUCAGCCGGGGAUGGCGGCGCGCUGGGCCGGAGCCCCGGGACGCCCCGUCGCUGUGGGAGUUGGUGGAGGCACAAGUUCCGCCCCUAGAACGGCCUGAAGUGAAAAGGAUUCUGGGGGAGGCGGUGGUGGACCUGAGCCUGGAGCUGCGGGCGGAGGUGGGAACGGGGAGGGCAGCCCAGGCCUGCCCCACGACCCGCGGGAGCCCCCAGGUGGCGAUGCUACAGGCACUGCUCCGAGAGGCCCGGUCCGCCCCAGUCCCCAGCUCCCACACUCUCUCUGCUCCCUCCUCCUUCCUGGCACCACCACCCCACUUGAGAGACCUUGUGCGCCAGGAGCUCCGACAGCUACUCCAAGGUCUCCGCCAAAAGGCUAUCCGCGAGGGAAGGGACCAGGCCCAGGCAUGGGCCCGGUACAGCCCCCGGGUCCUUCAUUUUGCUUUGGAGGAGUCCAGGCAGGACUUGCCUGAGCAGACGAUCCAGCGGAGAGCUAGUGAACCCAGGCCUGGGAUGAGCAACACAGAGAGAAUGAUGUUGAUUUCAUCUGCCAGCAGCAGUCACAGGGACCUCUGUGUCAUCAAGGACCAGCUGAGCAUGUCCUGCAUUGACCAAGUUGCUGGACACCUGAGGGGCCUCCUUGAAGAGGAAUGUCGCACCAUGGAGAGAAAGAUCUCCACUCUGCAGCACUGCCUGGAAGUGGAGCAUACUCAGGCUGGCCAGUCUUUCAAGACAGCUCUUGAGCCCACCCUGGCAGAGCUAAAGGAACAGAAGAAGGCCAUGGAACAGGAGCUGCAGGGCCCUUUGGGGCCUUCCUGUGUCUCCAGCAAACAGAGGCAACAGCCCUUGGGGUCCUCCUUUCAGGGCCUUAGAGCCUUUCAGUGUCUCCAAGGAGCCACUGGAACUUGGGCCAGGCCUCCUCAAGGCUACCUGCCUACACCUCCUUUGGAGAAGUGCCCUCAGCCUAGAGGCCAGGCCACUACCCGCUGGAGAAGGCAGCUUCGGUACAGCCCCAGGGAAGGUCUGGCUUCCAUGUCAGUGUCCACUGCUACACACCGAGCCUUGACCUGAUAUAGGCUUCUGCUUCUGCUUCU